AUGAACAUGCACACGCACAAGAAAGUGCCAAACAUGGCCCGGUCAACGCAGCCCGCUCUGCCGGAAGAGGGCCCGCUCGCAGCGGAGGUUCCGCGCGCAGAGUCCCCAGCCCUUAUCUCGCGCUCCCAGUCUAGUGCCACCAACGAAGCGGAGACCCAGGAGAUGCCGACGCUCUUGACCUCCAAGGCCGAGACCCAGGUACCGAAGGUGUGCAUGGCAGGAAAGGAUCUCCCUGAAAAAGCUGACAGGGACGAGGCGGAAGAGGCAGAGAACUCAACCGUGGCUAUGACAACCGUGGCCUAG